UGAUCAUUCAACACACCAAAGUACUCAUAUCAUUAAAAAAAAAAAUGAACAUCCUUUUGCUACUUUCAAUUAUUCCAUUUACUUUAGCAUCAUCAUCAUCGUCAUCGUCAUCACUAUCUCCAGUUCUAGACGUCAAUGGCGAUGAAGUUCAAGCCGGACCUAACUACUUCAUCUUACCCGUAAUCCGAGGAAGAGGCGGUGGCGGACUUUCCCCAUUCAACGUUAAAAACAACAACACUUGUCCUAGGGACAUCAUACAAUGGGAUGACGAGGAACAAGAAGGAUUGCCAGUAGUAUUUACACGAAUCGACGCUAAAAAAAGCGUCGUUCGUGUAUCCACUGAUGUUAAUGUGAGGUUUUACACUCCGACUAUUUGUGCUAGAGAAACUAUUUGGAAACUUGGAGAUUAUGAUGACAAGUUGAAAAAGUAUUUUGUAGUGACUGGUGGAGUUGAAGGGAAUCCGGGUCUGAAAACGGUGGGUAAUUGGUUUAAGAUUGAGAGAUUCGGGUCGGAUUAUAAGUUUGUGUACUGUCCAAGUGUGUGUAAGUUUUGUAAAGUUAUUUGUAAAGAUGUUGGGAUUUUGAUUACUAAUGAUGGAGUAAGGUUAUUGGCUCUUAGUGACACUCCUUAUAAAAUUAUGUUUAAGAAGACUUUUUAAUUUUAAAAAUUUUAUUUUGUAAUAAUAAAUAAUAUUUUGUGUCUGUUUUGAUGUAAUCUUGGUUGCGUUAAGUUUGAACAUGAUUUUAUCUUAAUCUA